AUGGACGAACAGGUCGGCCCGCAAACGGUGCUGGAUCCAUCAAAUAUGAAGCCGUCAUUCUACUCGUCGUUCACGGAGUCGAACCCGAUGAGAAGAAGCAGCAGUCAGUACAUGGAUGAUUUGGGAUCAGACAUGCACCCUGAACGGGCUACCGAACAGUACUGGCGCUCGUUAAUUGCAGACUCUGUUUAUUUUGAAGGGCACGAUGAGCUUUUCGGCCAAAUAAUAGCUAUGGUUUACCAGAACAAGACGAGCAAGAAGCUCAGCUGCAUGCUUCUCAGUGUACAUGGACAGACUAUUGUGGAUUCCAUGUCAUUGACCAGACACUCCAAAUACUAUCCCGCUGUUGAGAACCUCAGCAGAGCCUGUCGCAAAAGCAACGUGAGAAGGGCACUAGCUGUGGCGAUGCUGCGAACGUACGCGAAACUGGACCCGAACACGAAAUCGCUGAUGAUGAAGAAAGCCCAAUUAGAACCAGAUUACGACUGGGAUGAGACGAAGGCAGGAAAAAUUGCCUCGGAAAUGAAACUCAUCGAUAAUAGGACACCUCAGGAGGUUGGAGAGUUUCUCUUGAAGUUAGGAUUUGCACAACAGCGCAAACAAAGAACCUCUUACGUUGCAGAUGUCAUCUACGCCAAUACCCAGAAUUCAGAAGACUCUGACAAAAAUAACGAGCUCGCAUUUCUGUUGGGGGAGCAGCUGGACCACCUGUUUGACCCAUUGACCGAGUAUUCUCCUGAACCCACAGAAAAAGCAUAUAAACCUCCUGCGGAUGCACCGCAGCUUCAGAAUUCAGAUGACAUACUUGUUAAAAGCAUUUGCAAUGAGCUGGUGAAAGUGCAAACUAAUUUCACGGUCUCGUUGGUGCAAUUCUUACAGAAAUUCCUUAUUCCUCUAAGGAUUGAUGUGCUAGAGGGGAAAAUACCAGGAUACACAACUGCAAAACUUAAUCAGGUGUUUCCACCAACCAUCGAUGAAGUGACUAGAAUUAACUGCAUAUAUCUAGACAUCCUGAAAACGGCUCUUCCUUAUGGGAGUUUUGAAAUACUCAAGGCUAGUGGUACUACCAUUCCUUACUUUUACAAAGCGCACAUGAGACAUGAAGCCGCCACGAAAACAUUCGCCACUCAAUUGGAUGCUUUCCUGAUUGAUAUGAAAAAAAUCGGAUAUGACAAGCUUGCUUACGAUCAAAAGACCAUUCAAUCAAUCAUGCAUGCAUCUCUAAAUCUACCAAAGUUGCAAUUGAUCUUGGAUAGACUCAUGACAACCAAGAAAUGGCCCCAAGUUUUACAGCCUGAAGUCGACGAGUACUACCAGUCAUGUUUAAACACAAUCAUAGCAUUCGGCAGUGACGUUCUCAAGCCUUACAAUCACAGAAUCUUCACGCCUACAGGUAAAAUCCUCACAGAGUUGGCCAGCGGCUGGCCAGCAGAACUUCAGUAUGGCUGGUUGACCAGACGGGUGGUUGCAAUUUUUGAUGUAAAAAAUGUGCUGAAACAUUCGGUGAAGAACAAUGGUGUGCUGAUUAUAUUCAGUGAUCACGUUGUGAUAUUGGAAAUAGUGGACGACUUGUACUACUAUGACCUCUUUGAGACUGAUGUCCACGUUCACAAGCCAUCUAUUGCAGAUGUGUUAAUGCACUCAUUGGUUAAUGAGGUUCCAUUUUCCAGCUUGCCAAAAAUGAGAGUCGAAAGAUGGUCCGGUAUAAGUGAUAUUGAUGCCCAAUUCUACAACUACGACGGGAAAGCAUUUAUUCAACUAUUCGAUGAUAAGGCCUUUGAUGUUUAUGAAGUCAGCAAAUAUACUGGCUCCCACGUAAUUGAAGUUCUCAAUAAGGCGAAGAUACUCAACAAGUCGCAGCCAUUUCAUCUCUUCCGCGCAUCAGAUACUAAACAGACACUGUAUUAUACCGCUCAUGACUUAGAAACUUACAAGUCUGAAGAAACCAAGUCGCCUUUGGCCGUGUUUUUGAACAUGUCAUUUGACGAAAGCUACCUGAAGAAAUACUCUCUAUUUGGAUUUGUCACCCUUAACUUCUCUUCCAAUAAAAUACUCAUGGAAGGUACCAGUUGUUGUGAAAAUUAUGUGAGGUAUGAAGUUCCGUACGGCGAGCUUUCAAUCAAAUUACUAGGUAAAAUCUUUGAGAUGCUUGAUUACCAACUGACCUACGCUAAUCCAAUGAUCAGCCAGAAGCUUUGUGAUCGAUCAAGUGAGAUGUUCUCCAGGGCUGCACUUGUGAUAAAUAGUAGUCAAGAGAGCCAACGCAAAGAGCUUGCGAACAUAAAGAAGGCCCACAAACUAUUCAUGGAAACCAGAAAGCCUGCGGAAGGACAUGAAGUUCACAAACCAAGAUCGGACAGUUUGAACAUGCUGAAUAGUAACAGAGUGAGCUCUACAAAAAUUACAAAGCCAAAGGACAAGUCGGUGCCCUUUUACAAGCGUAUCUUUCGCGGAAAGAGAGGAUCGAUGGCUCGCGAGAUUAGGGCACCUGGCAAGAUGUCGGAAGCAGAAGCAGUUCCAGUGCUCAAAGAUGAAAAUUCAAAGCGAGUCUCUGAAACAAUGUCUAGUAUGGUGGCAGCUAACGAAUAUCAUUUCCCAACAAGACACAACAGCAUACUUAGAAUUGGGCAGCGCCAAAGCUCGAGAAUCUCAAGUAUCCACCAUGAUUCCGCCAAAUCCACAGCUCGCCAAACUUCUGCUGCAGAAACGGACAACCUGAUUGAUGGAUUUGGAUUGAAUAUUGACAAGCUCAGACCUGAGACAUUGAAAAGUGAAAGUACUAAGGAGACUGCCCACGGCAAUAAACCGCAAGGAGCGUUCCAUUCGCAGGAGGUACAAUUGAACGAGAACCACAAGGGCUCUUCGGUCCAAGAUGUUCUGAAAGACAAGUUGGAGAGAUACUUUAGCGAAGUGAGAAAAAGAAGGGAGCAGCACGAGAAGAAUUUGAAAGAGUACGGUGUCAGCCUAGUAAUGGAGGGCCAAGAGGCUCCUCUUGGUAGCAAGGGCCUUCUUUUUUCGCCAAGUGUUGCGGCCAAGCUGAAUAAAUUUAACGACAAUGAAAAGGGCGAUAAUUGGAUAGUUGCCAACAACGAUGACAACUCUGUUCUGGAAAGCGAUAAAAGUAAAGAGUCGAUCAUCAGCAGAGUGGCAAGCUUUGCGAGACGGCCUGUGAGCAGCAAAGGUUGGCACAAGCAUGCUAUAGUGGACCUAAGAGAUACGAAGACGGAGAAACGGCUGCCACAGGUGCCGAAGGAAUUCGACGAAGUUAACGAAGCAAAGCCGGAAUCGACUGUUAUCUUGGAAUCAAACAGUGCACCAGGCGCUUUGGAAGCGAAAAGGCCAAGCGUGCGCAUUGUCACUCCACUACAAGUGGCACAUGAGAAGUUCAAAGACCAGCCGCCGAUUCCACAAAUAGCUGAGGAUGCAGAUCUAUUUCGAGAUAUCGAUUUGUCCAGUACGUUUGACAUGUCACUUCCAGAUCUGACAGAUGACAUGGAGAUAUUCGAUUCGCCGCACACCGAUAAGUCUGAAACAGAAGACGAGAAAUUCUUUACCCCGAAGGAAGGCACGGCUGCCGUCUUUGAGGAGCAGAAUACUACGCUUACUGAGCAGAGCAACACGGAAGUUGACAAGACUUCACUGUGCUCUGCCCUUGAGGAAGUGCAGGAUAAUACUGUGGGCAAGGUGCUAGUCAAUUUAUGGAACGAGAAGCGCUAUAUGUCGAGCUCGUCUCUUUACACCGGUAUCCUGAACGAUGAGUCCUAUGCGUACCUGGCUCCUCUUCUUGCAGGCAACACUACGAUAGACGGAGGUGUGUCAUCAGGAAAGGAGCAGCCCAUCGACUAUGAUGCCAUAAUAACACGCGGCCUCAAAGAAAGUUCCCUGAGGUAUCUGGCAGAACUUUUGGGAGAAUAG